CCACCAUAUAGUUGCAUCUUUCCUUGUAACAUGUGUUCUCUCGCCCUGUUUCGCGAGCUUUUCUGUUGGGAGAGUUCAACGCCUUUCCUCUCUAUGUCACGUAGGUGUAAGCGAUGGCUGAUAUUGGAGGACAGUUUGUACUUGGGGGUGGACGCAUCGGCCGCAGUCACAAGCAGGUACAGAGGAGACAUACUUUGCGAAAAUGCCGAUCGCCGCUUGGAUGAUUCACGCGAUAGCGCCGGUGCGGAAAUUAAAUUCGGAGUGGAGCGCUGCUGGGCCGGAGGAUGUUUGCGAAGCGUUGGCUGAUGGAUAUUGAAAACGUUCAAACGCACCAUGUCCCGAAUGCAGUUGCUACAGCCCCUCUUUAGAGUUCUAGACUGCCGAGGGAGGAGGUUAAGAAUCCACACAACGAACAUUAUUAGUAUCUGUACCUGUCAGUCUGUAAGAUGGAUUGAGCAAGUCAAAGCCGUCACGUCACUUAUGAGGGAAAACGCCGCGGAACAUCAGGAUUUGCGGUAUGAACUCCACCUCCGAGAUCCUCCCGAUGGGUUUGAAGGAUUGUCAAGACCAGUAGAAAGUGAUAGGGAAAGGGAAAGGGGCGGAGGGGCAACAGAGGCGAAGGUACCGAUGAAUCAAUCCCUGCUGCUGCUUUCGGACGUCGGGGACAAACUGGGUCCGGCCAACAAGCAGGGAAAAAUCCGUCCUCGUGGAUUGGGUGGUUCUCAAGGUACUAGCUCCCAAUCUUACCAGCAGCCUCCCCAAUGCAGUCUUGCACUCUACCAGUAUAGAUGGAUAUCUUCUUGGUCUACCACAAGUAGAAGCCUCUGUCUACUUUGUAGAGUAGUUUCUAAUUAAGUCUGUUCCGGUAAAGUUGUCUUCUGCAGUCCCACUCCGCGGAUUGGCGGUCCGUCCGGUUGCG